UUGUGCCCUGCCAGCUCAGUGCUGCUCCGCCUCCAGGUUAGAAAGUCCCGCUGUAACUGGAGACUGGGUUGCUAGUCCAGAUGCUUUCUGGGAAGUCCUGGGGUCUCUUCACUGUGCUCUCCAAGCUUGGGAGGGCCAGCGCCUGGUGUGCCUAGCUAGUAUGGCGUUUCUGCCUGGUUUUGGAAAAUUGGGCCGAUUUCCACCAAUGAUGCAUCACCACUCAGCGCCCUCAGAUGGUCAGAUGCCAGGGGCUCGUUUCCAGAGGUCUCACCUUGCAGAGGCCUUUGCAAAGGCCAAAGGAGCAGGUGGAGGUGCUGGAGGAGGGGGUAGUGGAAGAGGAUUGAUGGGACAGAUCAUUCCAAUCUAUGGCUUUGGGAUUUUUUUGUACAUACUGUACAUUCUGUUUAAGCUCUCAAAGGGGAAAACUGCAGAGGAUCGGAACUGCUCCGCUGCCCCACCCGGAAACAGCCACAGGAAGAUUACCAAUUUUGAGCUUGUUCAACUGCAAGAAAAAUUAAAAGAGACAGAGGAAGCCAUGGAAAAAUUAAUCAACAGAGUGGGACCUAAUGGUGAGAGCAGGGCACAGACUGUGACUUCCGACCAAGAGAAACGAUUACUGCAUCAGCUCCGUGAAAUCACCAGAGUCAUGAAAGAAGGCAAGUUGAUUGACACAUCUACUCCAGAAAAGGAAGCCGAGGAAGCACCUUACAUGGAGGACUGGGAAGGUUACCCUGAAGAGACUUAUCCAAUAUACGAUCUCUCGGAUGGUAUCAAGCGUAGGAAGGAAACAAUCCUAGUGGAUUACCCUGAUCCAGAAGAGCCCUCUGCUGAAGAAAUAGCUGAACAAAUGGGAGUGAUAGAAGAGGAAGGAUCAGAUCACCUGAGCUGGGAGCAUUUGCCCUCUGACCGUGGAGCCCAAAAAGAUAAUUCUGUUACCCUGUGUGGUCCUAAACCAGAAUCGUGCUCCUGCUGCUUUCAUGAAGAAGAGGACCCUGCUGUCCUGGCAGAGAAUGCUGGUUUCAGUGCAGAUGGCUACAGUGAGCAAGAGGAAGCCACCAAAGAAGACUGGCCCCAAGACUUUACAAAUGAAGGGUUGGGGAUCAGCACUGCUAACACACACCUUGGUAGCAUGUUGAGGAAGCGCAACCCCCAGGGUUUGGAGUGAAAGCAGCCUGUUUGGGGAAGUAUCCAUUACUCUGUUCCCAAGAUACCUUUCCUAGAUUUCAUCCACGGCCCUGUGCCCUCUACUUCCCUCUCUGAGGUCAGUGUCAUAGUUCUUGAGCCACUACCGUGGAUAUUGUCUGUCCUUCCUGGUGCUUGCACACCUGUCACCUCGUAAAGUAGCCAUUAGUGUGAACGCAGGACAGAUCACCUUUCUUGUCAUGCCUUUCCGUAUCAGAAACAUGAACUCAGUCAGUAAACAUAUUUAGUUAUGUGCUUGCGGGUAGAACCACCUACACAAACAUCUGACCCUCAUAGGAGCAACAGAUGAUUGACCUGAGAAUGAGCACUGGCUUAGCAGAUAUUGAGGAUGCAAGGUUUUUUUUAAGAAUGAAGAUUUUAAGACUCCCAAAUGCCUUAUUCUUUGGGCCUUGAACUUGUGAGUGGUCCCCUGAGAAGAGCAUGCUCGAUUGUAAGGAUGAGGGGCCCAGAGCACAGCAAGACAGCUGAGUGAGCUGUAGUCUCUCCCCAGUCUUCUAAGAUACCCUGGCUCCUCCAGCAUGGCAGGGCAUGAACACACAGGCCUAUUUGGAGACCAUUUUGUUUAUAUAUUUCCUUGAUCCCUAGAUUCCUUUGUCUUUACUCUGUUGAACAGAACUGCCAAAUCCAGAAGCACCUUUAUAUCUCUGGUGUUCUGUAGCUAGGGGAAAUUUGAGGCACAGGCAUUAGUUUGUAUCCUACAGAGCUGGAGUUUGAGGAUGUUGAAGCUACAGGAUUGCAUAAGUAUGGUGGUCCUUCCAUAAGGAACUCAGGUGGCCAGGAAACCACCAUGUCUAGUGAGACAAGAUGGAACCUGUGAAUCCUAACAAGGGUGAGUCAGUUCAGUUACAAGGAAGACCUGAAAUUUGGAAGGUGACGUAUCUGCAAGGACAUUCACAGUCAUAAAAUGGGAGACUCAAAAAUUAAGGAAGUCUGUGAAGCUGGAUACAGUCUUUAAAGUUCUAUUGUACUUGGCUUGAAUAUGAUGCUGGAAGAUAGUUUGGACCACUCAGGAGCAUACUGGCUGCCAUCAGAAGGUAUGAGACCACACUAAGAUACUGCCAGCUACUGCAAAGCUUUGCGUGUUAGCUGAACUAGAGAAGUCCUUUGAAGAUUGAGUCUAAAAACACUGCACUGUAUCGGUCCCUGUGUGGAACAUUUGAUUGAAAUUGUGAAGAAUGCAGUUGAGCAUGUACUGAAGAUGGUCUCGACAUAACUAACAAUAACUGCAAAAAGCAAUGUAGGUUCUCUUGUUUUGGCAAAUUGUUUUCUAUGUGAUUCUUCUCAUUUAUGAGAAGUUGAUUUAAAAUAGCCCCAGGUCAUUCGUUCUAAUUUUUGUUCAUAGGAUAUGAUUCCAUUAUUAGAUAAGAACUUGUUUUGUUUUCAUUCAUUCAUUGGACAAGUGCCCCAUGUUGAGUACUAAGAGUGAAUUUGUACCCUGAAGAAUUUCAGUUUAAUGUGGGAGUCUGACAGAUGCAUUGUGGACCACAGAAAGGCUCGAGAUUGUGAGUUCUUCAGGCAGGUGUCCCUGCCUAUUGUGGCUGUAGAAUCUUGAAUUGGUCCUCAGUUAGUCUGAGGCUGGUUUGACACCUAUAAAGUGAGGGUAGUAAAAACACAAGUCUCACAGGGUUGGAAGGAAGGUGUUGGCAGCAUGACUAGCUCAUGCAUAGUAACAUAUCAUGUGACAGCCAUUCUAUUACAGUAUGAAUCCAAAAUUACAGGAGCAUGGAAGAACAGGAAUGUUUUUGCCAAAGUAUCAAUAAAUUUCAGAAGAGACUUUGUGGUGUGCUGAGAACACAGGCAAAGAAGAAAAGGAACAUGUUGGCAGAAAGAGUACAAGUUAGCAAGUACAGUGUGGUGUGAGGAUGGAUAUUCAGGUGAGAAGUGUUACAAAGCCAACUCUUAUUAUUGGAGUAAGCUAUGGAAACAGUUCUUGCCAGAAGGACCAGUCCCUCAUGGUUCUUGCCACUCUAGAUGUUGGCUUACAUAUAAGAAUAUAUUUGCUUGGAUAUGCCAGAAAUUUUAAUAUACCUUUCAGUAAUUUAGAAUAUAGAUUUUUUUUAUUUUCCAGAAUUGUAUCCUUCGGAUAUGAUGGUUUUUACAUGUCUAUCCAUCCAACCCAGGGUGACCAAUAUCAAGGGACUGGUUUUCAUUGUUGUGAUCUUCAUUUUUCAAUAUUAUGGGCUGCAGACUGCAUCAAGGCCUUGCCAGGUCUGCAGUGAUCUCUGGGGAACAUAGCAGGAACUGGCCUAAGAAGCCACUGUACAUCACCUAGGACCAUGCUUGGUAAAUCAGGUGGGUGAUCAGCCAGAAGAGCCUUAACCUGGUUAUAGUAGAGACACAGACGGUGCUGCAUUGUCUCAGGGACUAGGCCUGGCAGGUGUGCUGAGGAGUGGAGGUGGAGUUAGCCUCUAAAAAUUAUGGCCUGUGGGAACCAUGUUCUUUAUAUUGAGACAUAGGUGGUAAAAUAACUUAUGGUCUGCACUAAGACACUCUGAAAAAAAAAGAACUUAAUACUCAUGGCACAAUUAAUAUUAAAUUUUCUCAUUGCUGUGACAGAAAUACCUAACAAAGGUAACAGUGCAAAAAGAGGAUAUGGCUUGAGCACAGUCCUUCAAGGGAGCAGAGAGGCGACUGUGAGCAUUUCACUUGUUUUCCCUUUUAUUCAAUCUGGGAUCCUAGCCAGUGGGGAUGACACUCUCCAUAGUAAGGAUGCGUCUUCCCUCCUUAACUAAACCUUCUUGUAAACACAUUCAUAGACAGGUGUGUUUCCAUGGUGAUUCUAAGUCCCAUAAAGUUGGCAAUCAAGAUUAACUCUCAGUGGCAGCAGGUGUAAAACAGCAUUUUCCUGGAUGUAUAUUCUACACAAUUUGGGAUUUUUCUUCAAUCUGAUGUGUACACAAACAAAAUCUCUUCCCCUUGUAGAGCAGCCUGUAUAUGGUCUUCCUCACAAAUGCUGAGGAGCCAGGCCAUGGUUCAGGUAGGAAAUGCUUUACAUCAAAGACACUUACCUAAGUAAAUAAAUGAACACUGAUAGUAGAUCUACUCUUAAAUUCCCCCGUUAUUUAGACAGUUUGCAUCCACAAAGAAUAUUUUGUGUGCCACCUGUUGGGUAGUGAUCAGGAAGAACACGAACUUCCUUAACUAUUAGCAUGUCUACAACACUUUCUAAUAUCAAGAAAACGGACUAUUUUUUCACUUCAUAUGGUA